AUGUUUACAGAGGAAGAAAAAAGAUGUGAGGAGAUAUUCACAAAGACAACUUCAAGAGACGAGGAAGGGAGAUAUGUAGUUCGACUUCCCUUGAAGAAUGAUCCUCCUUGUGUAGACAACUCCAGGGAGAUAUCUGAAAGGAGAUUUCUUUCGUUGGAACGGAAAUUCAUGAAGAAUGAAGCCUUGAGAGAGAAGUACUCUGAAGUGAUGCAAGAAUACAUAGAUCUGAAUCACAUGGAACUUGUACCUGAUGAUCAAGUUGACAAUCCAUUGGCGAUAUACUUACCCCAUCACGCAGUCAUACGAGAAAACAGGGAAACGACGAAGGUACGGGUAGUGUACGAUGCCUCCUGUAAGGGUAAGAAUAAUAUGUCUCUAAAUGAUAACCUUCUAGUGGGACCUACCUUACAGUCAGAGCUACGGCACUUGGUGAUGCGAUGGCGUACGUACCCCGUUUGUCUCACGUCUGACAUAGCCAAAAUGUAUCGGCAAGUGAAGAUCUCGGAAUCAGAUGUGGAUUUUCAAAGGAUUCUCUGGAGAGAUAACCCUGAAACUAAGAUAAAGCACUAUAGAAUGCUAAGAGUGACGUUUGGAACUGCAUCUGCGCCAUACUUGGCUGUCAAGACAUUGCAACAAGUGGCUAUUGAUGAGGGUGAGAGUUAUCCUAUGGCAGCGGAGAGAGUAUUAAGAUAUUUUUACAUGGAUGACCUAUUGACGGGAUGUCAAACUAAAGAAGAAGAAUUCCAAAUAUUUAAAGAAAUGAAUGAAUUGCUAGAAAAAGGAGGAUUCGAGUUAAUGAAAUGGACGAGUAACUGUGAUGAAUUAAUAGAAGAGAUGAAAAGAGAAACAGGGAUGAAAGAUGUUCAAGAGGGAUUGAAGAUUAAGUCAGAUGAAACAAUGAAGAUAGUUGGACUUACCUGGGACCGCAGUGAAGAUUCUUUAAGGCGGUGGCAGUAUACUCAGAAAAUGCUGCAAGAUUUUUGGAAAGAAUGGUCUCGUGGUACUCAACAAAGUUUUAUAAUCGGUACAGGUGGUCAUCACAGCAGCCUCAGCCACAGGUGGGCGAUGUCGUAUUGGUGA